AUGGCGGAUUCAUCAUUACUCUUCGACGACCUGUUUACGAUAACAAAUGUGGACAAAGAUGGAAAGAAGUUUGACCGAGUCUCCCGAUUAAAUGCAUCCUCAACAAACCAUUCGAUGACCCUAGUACUCGACUUCAAUGUUGAAUUAUACCCACUCAAAGUUGGCGAUUCUUUCGCAUUGGCACUCUCCUCAAGUCUAACGCCCGAAGGUGAAAAGGACGGCGGGCUCGAGACUCAGAGUUGGAGACUUGAAGAAGGAAAGGGGGGGCUAGCUGAUGAAUACGAAUACGUUAUGUAUGGCAAACUUUACAAGUUCGACUCGGGUGCAUCAGAUUCGGUGACGGCCUACAUCUCAUUUGGGGGACUCUUGAUGGCUCUGAGCGGUGAUUAUCGGCAUCUUGAUCGACUGACGGUGGGGCAGAUGGUUUUUUUGUUAAUGAGAAGAUAG